AUGGACGUAGCACACUUCCAUACUAGAAGAUCAACACUACUGAAUGACACAGUAACUAACUGAACCAGGAACUUUAUGACCAGUCAACUUCUUGAUGAACAAAUGGUCAUUGAUGUCCUUCACCCCGGAAAGUUAUCAGUACCAAACACAGAAAUUUGGGGAAAACUAUCCAAAAUGCACAAGACCACACUGGUCAGUUACUUUAUAUUUGGAUUCAGAACUCAUUUUGGUGGUGGCAAGACAACUGGCUUUGACAUGAUUUAUGAUUCCUUGGGUUAUGCAAAGAAAAAUGAAGCCAAACAUAGACUUGCAAGAUGUGGCUUAGAUGAGAAGAAAAGACCUCAAAAAGAACACAAGAACAGAACAAAGAAACUCACCAUUGCAAAGGCCAAUGGUGGUGUUGGCAAAAGCCAAAGGAAUAAAGAUGCUUCAAUGACAUUAUCUGCAGCCACUGUGUGGACUUUUCAUAAGAAGAUUAAUAAGCUAAUAACUUUCAUGUGCCCACAACGGUACAGCCGCCCGAGAGGGAGAGCGAGCUCUGGGGCGGAUGGGCGAGUGAAGGCAGCCAGAGGAGGGGAGCAGACUGACAGCUCCCCCAGCUUCUGCGGCGCGUGCGGGGCCGGGACAGGCGACCGCCACAGCCAGAGGGUGCGAGCUGGACCCACCGGGGUCACUGGUCUCCAGGGUGGGAGGAUGGAUGCUGCCUGUCCCCUGCCGGAGCCUCCCUUCGGGCAGCAGAGGAGGGAGGAUAAUCCUCAUGCAAAUAGCGGGAAGAACAAAGGAAGGGGGGCCCGGGACCCCCGGGGGCGCAGGUGGGUGUGGGGGCGGCGGCCGGGCGCGGGGGCGGCGGCGGGGCGCGCUGGGCCAAGCGCCCGCGGGAGGCGGGAGGCGGGAGGCGUGAGGCGGGCGGCGGGCGGCGUGGGGCGUGCGGCCGCGCGGGGCUCGGGGUGCGGAGUGUGGACGUCCGAGUGCGCGCCCGUGCGCCGCCGUGGAGCGCUGGCCGCUGAGCUCCCGGCCCCGUCUCACGGCGCGUCGGAGCCGGCCUGGGGGCGCGGGAAGCAGUGGGGCGCACAGAGCGGCUCCGGCGAGGCUGGCCGCGGCGCACACGCACACGCAACCGUGGGGCUCGGCCCGCUCGGCAUCCGCACUGGGGUCUGGGGGCGGGCCAGGCGGCGCCGGGGGCCGAGGACGCGCCACUGCCGGGCGUCUAGCGCCUGCCUUCAGCCUCCUCCGGGGACCGCACGCAGUUCGUCACCUCGGGGUAGGCGGCGGGGCGCGGGGGCGGCGGCGCGGCCCGGGCCUCAGCACUCCCGGACCGACUCCGAGGGUGUUGCCGGGCUGGGUUUGUUGUUAGCGCGCGCGUGUUCUUCCCGAGGGGUAGCGAGGCGGCCUCGCCCAUGGGCAUUUCCGCGGUUUUGCGCGGCCCUCGUUGGGGUGUCAGUGGCGACGCGGGGAGCCCCGGGCGCCCGGCUCGGCCCCCCGGAGGGGAGCGGCGCGGAGGGGCGGGGUGUGUGUGUAAAUGUUGCGCACUCGCUUUUCCCCCGCCCCCGCCCGCGUCCAGGGUGCUGGCGUGGGUCCUUCGCCGUCCGGCGGCGACUGUAAAUAGAGCUUGGAUGUUGUUUACAUGAAGGAUCCGGCGGGAGGAGUCUAAGAGGAGGCGGCGGCGGUGGAGGAGGAGGAGGAGGGAGGGAGGAGAGAGGAAGACCGGAGUCCCCGCGGCGGCGGCGGUCCGGAGAGAGGGCGAGCCCCGCGCGGCCCCGGGGACCGGGCGCUACCACGAGGCCGGGACGCUGGAGUCUGGGGUAGGAGGGAGAACGGGCACGGGGCGGGAAGAGGGGUCCGUCAGUGGUAUUUUUAGCUUGCACCCUGCCACGCAGAUUCUCCCUGGCCGGAGGGGAGGAGGGUGGAGGGAGGGCGGGGAAGCCUCGGUGUCUCUGCACGUUCGGGAACGCCUUCUACCCCUUCAUUCUCCCAUUCCCAGUCUUUUCCCGCUUCUCUCCGGGCUCACCUGUUUAUUUCCGUCAGCUAGAGCUCGCGGUUUUUUAUAUAGGCAUGAGAGUCUGUUUCUUUUAUUAGAAACAUUAUUGGGGAGAGGGGUGCCUUGCUGUAAUUUGUGCUGGUCCAGGUCGGUUUUCAGGAAGGGGGAGGGGACUUGGCGGAGACGCCGGCUCCUGGCCGCAGCUGACCCCAGGGCUUCUCCCUGCCUUCCUGUGCGAGGAAUUCUUUCCCUCACUCUGCUAUCCGCACUCCAGCUGCCACCUUCCUGGAGAAAGACCACACCUGUGCUUAUCCCCGCUUUGGAGGAGAGCCUCACCACUUGCUGGGCCCUGAUCCUUCUUUUUCUUCUGCCUCCUCACGUCUCCAACCAGAAGGGGAUCUUUUAGUCCUUCACUUCAUGGGGAGCCUUCAGAGAGAGUAAUGCAGCCACAAGAAAGGAUGCCGUUGACCGACACAGUGACUGACAGGCUGCCCUGGCUCAGUUAUCACAGUGCUGAUGCUGUCCAUUCUAAAGGUACAGUACUGUGAUAACUGAAGGAUGGCAGCCAUCUUGCCUUCCAUCAGAAGAGCCUCACCGUGCCCAGGAAGAAAGAAGGCAAACGAGGAAUGUGAAACAGGUGGCCGGGACCCAGAAACCCCCUUACCCUGUACCUCUGUCGUACUUCUCCCGGGGCAUAGGGAGAGUUGUCCUGCUUCUCUUUGCCUUGUUUUGUAACAUGGGGUAGUUGUUGGGGCAGCAGUGUUGUGCUAAGUGAACAUAUAUUAAGAUCUUUGGAACCUUUAGGAGGCUGCAAAUAGGUAAGUAUGAGUUAGUAUUUCUGGAAUAGUAGUCAGAGAACUUUGUACCAUUUUUAUAAAUGUGAAAGGUAACCUAAUUAGAACAGCUUGGCAUUUGUUGGUACACUGCUAGAUUUCAAAAUCAGAUUCUACUUACAGAGAGAAAAAAAAAAAGCCCAAUAUGUUGAACAGUAUUGAAAUUAUUACAUAAAUAAAAGUCCAUCAUUGUAAACCGGCUUACUGAAGUGAGGAAAGAAAAAAGUGUGUGUUUGUCUUGAAGGAGUAGAUAGUGACAUGUCGUAUUUCUUUCAGGAUAUUUAGGAUCUGGCCUAAUUCAAAAGAAUAUUUACUGAAUACCUAUGUUAUUGCUGCUGCUGUCACCUUUACAUGAAAAUAAAAUGUAAGUUAUUUUAUUUCUAUCAAAUAAA